AUGUGUUUCGAUGAUGAAGUGGCUCUAAAUGUUCUAUCCAUUCCUUUGAGUAGAAGAUUUGGUUUUGACAAAGUGGCAUGGAAGCCUAAUAAAAAAGGUUUCUUCUCAGUUAAAUCUGCAUACAUAGUGGCUCGUGAAUUCUCCAUUGGCCAUAUCUUUGCUUCAGCUUCUACUGGAGACCCUUAUGCUCCAUUAUGGAAGGCUUUGUGGAAGGCAAAAGUCCCAAGUAAAGUGGCUAUUUUUGGAUGGAGAGCUGCCCUCAAUCUUCUUCCUACUCGAGUAGCUCUGACUGCUAAAGGCUAUAUGGGUGAGUUGCAGUGUGUUGUUUGUUCUCAAUUGGUAGAAUCUCUUGAACAUGUUUUUUGUGAAUGUUCUGUUGCCCGGGAUAUACUGAGUGCUCCUCCUUUCUUCCUUCCCUUGUCUACUCUUCCUUGGAAGGAAUGGCUUUUGGAGAGAGCCACCACCUUACCUUCUGCACUAUUUGAUAAAUUGUUAAUCCUCUUAUGGAGUCUUUGGAGGAACCGUAAUGAUGCAUUGUGGAGAAAUCAUUCCCAAACUAGCUCAAGUUUGGUGGCGUAUUCCCUGGCUUGGUAUGAGGAAUAUUUGCAAUCCCAAAAGUCUUUUAAUCCUACAUGGGCUCCACUUAAAGCUAGUAAAAGAUGGCUAGCGCCUGAUGUAGAUACCUUGAAAAUGAAUGUGGAUGGGGCCUUCUUGCCAAGCUUUCAACAUGGUGGAACAGGGGGGGGGGGUCCUCCGGAAUAA